UUCUCUGACUACGCGGAAGUACGUGCUCAUUGGAGUCAAACUGUUAUCUGCGAGUUUUGAUAACGUUUUGUGAGUUUGUGCGGGCUCAGUAACCACCAAAGAGUUGAGUGAGGGCAAUAUAAAGUGUGUCUUUCCUUAAAAAAAUGACCAUUGUCGUAUUCGUUAAGAAUACAGCACAGAUUACGUCGAGGCGAUGUUUUAGUUCUCGUUUACAUGGCCUUUCGAGAACGGGAGAGUCUCUUUCGUCUCGUUCGCCUCACAUUAGUUCCUCGGCAUCGGCAACAUGGUCGUCCAGGACUACCGGCCUACGUUUCAUGUCCCAAGGGACCGCAAGCAGGUCAUCAGCCGGCAGGCGAAGCUGCAGUCGUGGAGCCCUGGCGCUGAGCGGGGCCGCUGCAGUCACCGCAGCCGCUGCAUUCACGGGCUUCCUGGCCAACAUCAACCACUUGCAGCGGGCCGAGAUGGCGACUCUGGUACCCCGAGCGGUCGAGGAGGACCAGGAGGAAGGGGACAUCUUGGCGAGGUGCCGGGGAUUCAUGUCUCCUCCGGUCACUGACGUCGACGUCCUGCAGCAGAGGAAAGGCGAGAUGUGCACCAGGAUGGAGAUGCUCAUCAUGGAGACGCAGGCCGAGUUCUGCAAAGCUUUGGAGGCGGUGGACGGUGGGACGUUCAAGGUGGAUCGCUGGGAAAGAAAAGAAGGUGGUGGUGGGAUCAGCUGCGUGAUGCAGGAUGGCAAAGUAUUUGAGAAGGCCGGCGUCAAUGUGUCAGUUGUGUUCGGAAACUUGACCGAAGAAGCAGCCAAGCAGAUGAGGAGCAGGGGCAAGGUCCUUAAAGGGAAAGAUGGCAAACUGCCAUUUUGUGCCAUGGGCGUGAGCUCUGUAAUCCACCCCAAGAACCCGCACAUCCCCACCGUGCACUUCAACUACAGAUACUUUGAGAUCGAGGAGGAAGACGGCUCCAAACAGUGGUGGUUCGGUGGUGGCACAGACCUGACUCCGAUCUAUGUCAAUAAAGAAGAUGCUUUUCACUUUCACAACACGCUGAAGGAGGCCUGCGACAAGCACCACUCGCAAUACUACGCAGACUUCAAGAAAUGGUGUGACCGAUACUUCUACGUCCGCCACAGAGGAGAGACUCGAGGCAUUGGCGGGAUCUUCUUCGACGAUCUCGACGGCCCCAGUCAGGAGGAGGCUUUCGGUUUCGUCAAGAGCUGCGCCCGCACGGUGGUGCCCUGCUACCUGCCCAUAGUGCACAAACACCUACGUGACCCUUUCACCGCCGAGGAGAAGGACUGGCAGCAGGUGCGACGAGGAAGGUAUGUGGAGUUCAACUUGGUGUACGACAGAGGAGUGAAGUUCGGCUUGGCCACGCCGGGAUCCCGAAUUGAGAGCAUCCUCAUGUCCCUUCCCCUCACUGCCAGGUGGGAGUACAUGCACGAGCCCGCCCUCGGGACCCGAGAGGCCGAGAUGCUGGAGGUGUUACGAAACCCAAAGGAGUGGCUGUGAGCGCCGUUUUGACAGGUUUACGCGUCAAUACGGACGGAACAUCCGAACGCAUACCACAUGAAUGCGCUUGCUUGCUGUGAAUUAUGUUUUGAAAAGAUGUCACUUGUUUUUCUGGUCGGGUUUCUCUCUUCGGCAGUUCAAUGUUUGCCUUUUGGAUCAUGUUUCAUGCAAAGGUGGCAGUUUAAGAGGCGCUUGUUUAAAAAACAGAAUACAAUCAACAACAGAAAUGGUACAUCAUUGGGUUCACUACACACAAUUGUCAAUGUCACUGGUACUGGGAUUGGUGACCAAUCCCUAGUAUGCAUGGUGUUAAAAGUAUUCUAUAUAUAUGUAUGUAUGU